GGCGAGCCUCUCGCGGAAGUGGACGCACAGUGAGCGGAGUGGUCAGCAGCAGCCUGCACUCACCUGGUCAAUCUUCUACCACCAUGUUGUUCAGCGUGGGGUUAGUGUGUGUCGCUCUGGUCGUGUUUAUUUAUAAAUAUGUCUUCGGCAGCUCCGGGCCCAAUCCCUUUGAGACGGACACUCGUGAACCUCUGAAGAAGAUGGUUCAUGACAUGAAGGAAAAAAAUAAAGUUCUGAAGCAAGGUUUCCUGGCCAGUAAAGUACCUUCAGACUUAGAUGCUGUUAUCAUUGGCAGUGGGAUUGGCGGGCUUGGACUUGCUGUUUUGCUGGCCAAAGUUGGCAAGAAAGUCCUGGUCCUGGAGCAGCAUGACCGGGCUGGAGGCUGCUGCCACACGUUCACUGAGAAGGGCUUUGAGUUUGAUGUUGGAAUCCACUACAUCGGGGAGCUCCUGGACCACAAGCCAUUCCGCUGCAUGCUAGACAGCAUGACUAACGGACAGCUGCAGUGGGAGCCUCUGGCGAAUCCGUUUGACCAGGUAGUGAUUGGACCUCCGGAAAACCGCCGUCAAUACCCGAUCUACAGCGGCAGGACUCGCUUCCCUGAGGAGCUGAAGAAGUGCUUCCCUGGGGAGGAGAAGGCCAUCGACGAGUACCUGAGGCUGGUCAAGAAAGUCGGCCGGGGCAUUUGGUUUGUGGCUGUCCUGAAGCUCUGCCCCGCUCCCUUGGCUAAGUUCCUAGUCUACACCGGCCUGAUCAGACGUCUGUCCACCUUCUUUGAAAUGGCGCCCCGCAGCCUCACCGAAGUGGUCAACGGACUGACUGAGAACCAAGACCUCAGGGCUGUUUUUGCCUACAUCUUCGGCACCUAUGGCAACAUGCCAAAAGAAGCCAGCUUUGCUAUGCACAGCCUGCUGACCACUCACUACCUGAACGGCGCCUGGUACCCAAAAGGCGGAGCCAGUGAAAUUGCCUACCACAUGAUCCCAAUUAUUGAGAGCGCCGGUGGAGCUGUUCUGGUUCGAGCCCCUGUCAACCGCAUCCUGUUCAAUGAGGCCAACGAAGCUUAUGGUGUCAGCGUCAUGAAAGGUCAGGAGGAAGUUCACAUCCGGGCCCCCAUGGUCAUCUCUAACGCCGGCAUCUUCAACACCUACCAGAAACUGCUGCCCAAAGAGCUGCAGGCCAAGCCAGCCAUCCAGAAGCAGCUGAGCAUGAUGAAGAACGGGGAAGGCGGCCUGAGUGUUUUCGUGGGUCUGAAUGGAACCAAAGAAGAGCUGGGCCUGGAAGCAGACAACUACUGGAUCUUUACUGAGAACAACUUUGACGAGAUAGUGGAGGAAUACUUGAAGGGAACGAGAGAAGAAUCUGCUAAAAAGAUCCCUCUGCUGUUCGUCGCCUCUCCUUCAGCGAAAGACCCAACCUGGGAGGAGAAGUCACCAGGAAAGUCCACCCUGAGUCUGGUCAGUUUUGCCAACUAUUCGUGGUUUGAAGAAUGGAAGGACGCAAAAGUGACAAACAGAGCGGAGGACUACAAAGAGCUGAAACAAACUUUCAUCGACACGGCCGUGGAUGUUGUCUUGGAUAUCUUCCCCAAGAUAACAAGAGACAAGAUCGAGUACAUUGACGCUGGAACCCCCAUCACUAACACGUACUACAUCGGCGCACCCAAAGGUGAAAUCUACGGGGCGGAUCACGGCAUCGGCCGCUUUGACCCUGAACUCUGCAUGUCAUUAAGACCCCAGACUCCCCUGAAGAACCUCUACCUCACAGGUCAGGAUGUGUUUUUGUGUGGCUUUGCCGGAGCUCUUGCCGGAGCUCUCACCUGCGGCUCUGUCAUCCUGAACCGCAACCUUCACCUGGAUGCCAUCGCCUUGGCAAAGAAAAUCAGAUUCAUCAAUGCCAAACUGAAGGAACAGUAAAUACCUGACCGCACUUUGCAGAGUGACCAUGUACUGUAAUUUAUCCGUAAACAAGCUUUCAUCUAACAAAAAAUCCUGUGUGCAAAGACUUCCAGAUUUCACUUAACAGAAGUAUUGUCGCUAAAAACAAGCAAUAAUUUGUUUUCUAAACCAACUCAUCCGCUGCACUGAAGGGACACUUUGAAAAUAUGGAUAUGUACAAACGUUUCUGUUUAAACACUAAGGAUUUGAAACAGUUGUUAAAGUAAGACAUAGCACUUCACAUGACUGAGUCAGAAGCUUUCAGCUUCAGCAGUUCCUCUCAUCAAAGCUACUUUACCUCUACUGUUGAUGCAGAUGGGUUUUUUAAACCAUUGAUGAUGUGGUAGUUUAUGCAAACUAUUAUUUUAUUUUAUUCUAAGAUGCCUUUGGAAUUCAGUGCCUGUGGUAUACUUGAUUUGCAGUUUGUAACGCAUUUACAAAGGGAGCUCCCUUUAAUAUUAAAGGGAUAUAAACAAUGA